AUGGACUUUCAAACCCUUAUGGGUUCCUUUGCCGCCCAGGACAGAGAUAGUGAAGUUCGACCUACUUCAAAAGGAAGCUGGACUUGUAAGGAGGUUGAUGAAUUUGACGCUUUAUCAAUAGAAUAUAAGCCCAAGCCAACUGAGAAAUAUCCAGCCAAACUUCAUGCGCGACAAGUCAAAAAUCAUCUCGGGGUCAACGAGGGUCUCAUCUAUCUUCCUGGUCUACCAAGCUUCAAUUAUGAAGAUUCUGAUAUGCCUCCUGCUUUCCGACAACGUCGAUAUUUCUACUAUCUUACGGGAGUAAAUCUCCCGGAUUGUACCGUCACCUACAAUAUCCAUCGUGAUCAAUUAUGGCUAUGGAUUCCACCACCAAACUCUGGUUCAUCGGUCAUCUACACUGGAUCUCGUCCCACGGCCAAAGAGAUAAUGGCCAAAUACGACUUUGACCAUGUAGAAAAGUUACCUCAUCUUGAUUCAUAUCUCACUUGGUAUGCGCAUACCGAACCCGGGAAUAUUCAUCUUCUACAUGAUUACCAGGCACCAAAGAGCAUCGAACUUCAAAUCACCCGCAAAAAUGGAUGCCACUCCAUUAUCAGCAAGUCUCCAUUCGAUAGUUCAAAAUUAGAGGAGGCUAUGAAUACCGCCAGAGCUAUCAAAAGCCCAUAUGAGCUUAGAAUGAUACGGAAGGCUAGUGCGAUCACAGCACAAGCGCAUAUUGAUGUUCUCCGUGGACUUCGUCAUCUGUCAAAUGAGGCAGAAAUUGAAGCCAUUUUCACAGCGACAUGUAUUGCUAAACAAGCAAAAACUCAAGCAUAUGGCGUGAUUGCUGGCUCCGGUGAAAAUGCAAGCACUCUUCAUUAUAUGGCCAACAAUGAACCUCUUAAAGGAAGACAGCUCGUAUGUCUUGAUGCAGGAUGCGAAUGGGAUUGCUAUGCUUCUGAUGUUACUCGAACGGUUCCAAUUUCUGGCAAAUAUACCGAGGAAGCUCAAGCCAUCUAUGACCUCGUGGCUAAGAUGCAGGAUGAGUGUAUCGAUAUGCUGGGGCCAGGUGCUAAUUACCGGGAUAUCCAUAUGCAUGCUCAUCGGGUCGCUCUCAAAGGACUCAUGGAUCUAGGACUCGUGGAAGGUGGAACUUUUGAUGAACUCUACAUGGCGGGUGUUUCAGUGGCAUUUUUUCCUCAUGGCUUGGGACAUUACGUUGGUCUAGAAGUUCAUGAUGUCGGACCUGGUGGCAGUCGUAUCACCAAUCGUUUGUACGGUUUCAGCAAAAAGCCUGCUGAUUGGACUGACGCCUACUUUCAAAUUCUCUCGAACUCUGGUGUCACUUCAGAUGGUGGAGCUAUUCUCGCAAAGGAUAUGGUUGUUACAAUCGAGCCUGGAAUCUAUUUCUCUCGUUAUGCUCUUGAAGAAGUCUAUCUCAAAUCCCCCAAAUACGCAAAAUAUAUCAACAAAAAGCUCUUACAGAAAUAUUACCCCGUCGGAGGUGUGCGUAUCGAAGACGAUCUCUUAAUAACCAAAGAUGGAUAUGAGAAUUUGACGACAGUGCCAAAAGGCGAAGAAGCACUAAAAAUCAUCAAUGAAGGGAAAGAACACGAAGAAGAGAGAGAAGCAAAUAAAAAGGCUGCAGAGUCUAGGAGGAAGCAUAAGAAAACUUGGUUCUGGUAG